AUGCCACCUGAUCACCCCGCCCCCGCCUCGCCAGGCCUGUCGAAGACAAGCGCCGCCAUUCUCUCGAGUCUGCAGGUUCUAAAAUGGCGUCGUGCGUCGGGAACCCCGGGCCGAUGCUCGUCAGCCAGCGACCUGGCUGCAAGAGGUGCAGGUCCCGUCCGUCGGCGUCAAACUCGCCCCGGACUUGCUCGUCGAGCGCAGGGCAGAUUUGCAUGUUUCCGCUGGCUCCAGGCCCGCCGCCCCGCGCAAGGGAAAGGUCUGCGCGACCCGGUGGCGUCCGUGAUCCAUGAGCGGCUGGGCGGGGGAAGGGGGUGGGCUGCCGAGAUCGAGGUCGACGUGUGA